GGUCAUAUCUUUAAUUUUAGAUUUAAUUUAGUGUGUUCUGACAAAAUUUGUAAUUUCUGACAAAUUUUCUCCACACCAACAUUUUUCUUAACGUAAUGAAUCCAUUAUCCAAGGGAAGUUCAAUCUCAUCUGAAAAGUUCUGUCUUGAUGAAAAAUACGGGAACAACUAGAAGCGCGCUUUACGAAAAUUUAUGAUGCUUUGUCAUGCUUUUUGGAGUGGAUUACAGCUGCUGAAAGUAUAUGGUUGCAGGGAACACCAACGUUUAUCCGGUUUAUACGGAAAAAUAUAGAUUGACUAUACUUUCAGGAUAGGCAGGCUUAUUAGUCAUUUAUCACUCCGCUAAAUAAUCAUAAAUCGAACUUUAAAGCAUAAACAUUCGAAAACCCUGCUGCUGGGUAAUAAAACUAUAUAAAAUAUUCGUCCACCUACCUCGCAAAAAAAUCAUUAAAAAUUAGGGGCAUGGGUCAUGAUUAUGUUUAGCGGGUCGCAGAAAAACAGCGGGGAAAAACUCCAAAACGUGCUGUUGUUUAAAAAAAAGCCGUCAUUGCAGACUUUCAGCAAAGAUAUGAAUGAUUUUACAUACAUACUAGUUUUAAGUAGUUUACGUUGUUUAAAUCACUACUGCCCUACAAGUUUAGCCUUAACCUUGAAAAUCAGUAGAUGCUGCAUUGAGCCCAAAGAUAUUCUUUCCCCCAGACUUUUUUUUUACAUUCGGCGUUAGCCACGAUUUCGGAAAGUUAUACCCAGCUACAAUUGAGUUCUAUAUCAACUCUUAUGGAUUAGAAAAAGCCGAUAUAUUGUGUUACGGCUACCAAUAGUACACUGUUCUUAACUAAGUAACUAAGUUAGCUCACUAUGGACUACUAAAUGUGCAAUUCAAAAGUAGAAUUUUCUUAAAAAAGUUUGGAGUCUGCCAGGAACUGUGAUAAAAUUCCUGUAUUUUCUUAACACGUUGAGUCCCAGUCUGUUUUAGGCGUACUUCACCAGACCCAAGCCUUGAAAUGACUAUGGACACAUCAUAUACGAUAUUUUUCAGAGUUUUAGGGUGAUGUGAAUAUUUUAUUCUAAAUACAACCAUUCCUAAAGAAGGCAUGUUCAAGGCAAGAAAAUCAUUUUGAACCACUUUGUAAUGCAAUAUCAUAGUCACAUGAAAAAUUGAGAUGUAGGGAUUGUCGUCAUGAAUAAACGUUUUUCUUAUUUUCUUCGUUUAUGAGUUGCUAUUGCUUCAUUUUCUCAGAAAUGGCAAAACGGUACAGUGCUAAGGAGAUGCUGAAUUGAUAAUGAAUGAAAAUGGGGAAAUGGAUUCAGCUGACUCGCUUGACGAAGAAUCCGAAAUAGAAAGUGAAUCUGAAGAAUCUGACUUUACUGGUCGCAAAAUCCUACAAAAUAUUGCUCCCCAAACACAUAGGGGAGGGAGGAUUAGAACAAGAGGUUAUGCAUUCAAUAUCUGUGGCCGAGGUCGAAGUGUAAGGACGCGUGGUGGCCUGCAAACUGCAGCACAUCCUUCAAAGAUAAGAGAAAGAAAUAUUGAAAACUCCGAGCAUUCUGCCACAGAAUUUAGCUCAAGGAAAGAAAACGAAAACAAGGAAGAAGAAAUAUCGAGUGGAGGUGAUUCUGCUAUUCGUAAUGAUCUCAAUAAUGGAAAGGGCCCUGUGAAUGAAUUUGAUUGGUCAGACGAUGCCCCUAUCAUAAAACCAUUUGAUUUCAAUGAAGGUACUGGGUUGCAGGUAGAGGCUUCUGAUGGAGAUGAUCCCUUGUUUUUCUUCAAUCUAUUCAUAAACGACGAACUUUUACAAGAAAUAGUCGAUAGAUCAAAUGCAUAUGCAGAUCGUGUUAUAAACUCCUCUGGUCCAUUGAGACGGAACAGUAUCUUGAACACAUGGAAUAACGUAACAUUGGAAGAGAUGAGACAGUUCCUUGGUUUGAUUUUUCACAUGGGUCUUGUUGCUACGUCAUCCUAUCUCUGUUACUGGUCUACAGACCGCUUAUACAAAAACCAACUGUUCAAAUCAGUAAUGUCUAGAAACAGGUUUCAAUCAAUCAUGCGAUUCUUGAAUUUUGGCGAGGAACCAUCAUUUCAGAAUGAUCGAUUGAGUAAGGUCAGAUUUCUCUUGAAUCACCUCAACAGCACAGUUGCUGAUGUCUACACGCCUGAAAAGAAAUUAUUCUUGGUUGAGUCGAUGAUGCUUUGGCUAGGGUGAU